CGCAGCAGGGGUGUUCCUUCCCGGCUGAGGGUACGUUGCUUCUUAUCUCUCCCGUCCCCAAAACCCUAAGUAGAAAGAAUGUUCACUUCGACAAACCAAGCUCCGGCGGAUAUAGCUAUCAUCGAGCCACCUCCAGAGAUCAGAAGCUCUGUUAAGAAAACUGCACUUUUGGUUUCCUGGAAAGUGGCGGAGAUAGAGAGGAAGAUCAUGGCCAUUAGUAAGGAUACUGAAGAUUUCAACUUUCUGAGGAAGUCAGAUCCUUAUCACGCAUUUUACCAGAACAUGCUUGCUGAAUACCGUGCUCUGAAUCAAUAUAUAGAUGGACCUGAUCCUUUAGCUAACUUAAAAGGUGAUGCACAACCUCGGCCACCAGCUACUCUCCCUGAAGGAUUCAGUACUCAAAAGGAGCUUUCUACUGUUGACCUCACAGCCAAGUAUGUGGCACGGUAUGGAGUGGAUUUUUGGUUACAUUUGUAUAGGAAAGAGCAUAUGAACCCUCAGUUUGAGUUUCUGACGCCAGCUGAUAGCAAGUUCGAGUAUUUCGAUCAGGUUGCUGUUUCGUCGUCGGAAUUCAUAAAGCGUUCUGAAAAGCUGACUAGUGCUCGUAUGGAGAUUGUAAUCGAGGGCUUUUUCUAUUAUCUUCAUCGUUUAGAGGAAUUGCGGAUUCAGAAGGAGGGAAUGGAAAAAGCUCCGGACAAGAUUAAGUUGUCUGCUUCUGUUGGUGGUGGUGAUGGUCGCUUUGCUCACAUCAAGGACGAAGAUUUGCCACUACUUAAACAUCCUAUGACGUGGAAGAACUUUCUAUCAGAAACAGAAAGGCAGCCUGCUAUGCUUCCACUGGGAUCUCAGCUUGCUCUUCUUCAAGUUCAGCAGGAGCAGCAGGAGAAGUCCUAA